AUGUCUAAAAGUCAAAGUCAUCCCUCAACAACCGAAAUCUAUUUUACUCUAAAAAAUAACGUGCCAGGUUUAGGCUCACAAAUCAUCCCGGUGGUUGGAUUAGGUACCGCAUCUCCUAGUGAUAGAGCACCGGAAACAAAAGAAGCCGUAAUUACAGCUAUUGAAAAAGGUGGACUAAGACAUAUAGAUACUGCUUGGUUUUAUGGUACUGAAAAGUUCAUUGGAGAAGCAUUACAAGAGGUCUUCUCUAGAGGUAAAGUUAAAAGAGAGGAUUUAUUCAUCACUACCAAAGUUUGGCCAGUUUAUUGGGAUAAUGCCAGUGAAUCUAUCGACAUAAGUUUGAAAGAUUUACAAUUGGACUAUGUUGAUUUAGUCCUACAACAUUGGCCAUUGUGUUUUCCAAAAAUUUUAAAGCCUGGUAGCAAUGGCAAUGGUGUUCCUCAAUAUAUUGGUGUACCACAUGACUCGGAAACUGGUGAGCCUCUUGUUGAAUCCGAAAAGGAUUAUUUAACUACAUACAAGCAAUUACAAUCCAUUGUUCUAGAUCCUCGCGACCAUAGAGUCAAGAACAUUGGGGUAUCUAACUAUCCUAUUGGAUAUUUGAAUAAGUUGUUAUCUGACCCAGAUAUCAAAAUUACCCCAGCAAUCAAUCAAGUAGAAAUUAACCCACAGUGUCCACAGUUGGAAUUGGCUGAGUUUUGUCAUGAAAAGGGUAUUUUGAUGACCGCUUAUUCUCCAAUGGGGUCUAGUGGUGCUCCUAUUUUAAAAUUGCCUGAAAUUGUUGAGUUGGCCAAGAAAUACAAUUGCAGUGGCAAUGACAUUGUUAUAUCGUAUUUAAUCAGGAGGGGUAUCGUGGUUAUUCCAAGAUCAUUGAAUUUGCAAAGAAUUGCCAAAGAUUUCCAAAAUUAUAUUUUAUUGACGGAUGAGGAUGUUGACAACAUUAAUCAAAUCGGUAUUAAAAACCCAUUUAGACAUAUUGAUGAGGAUUUUGCUAAAAGUAUUCCUGGUUUUACUGGUCGUACUAAAACAAAGGCUACUUAG